GCUCUUGCUUUAUUUUCCUAUAAUGCAUGGAGGUAUUGCUUUAUUACAGUUCACUGGAAAACUUUCAUUUGCAGUAUAUGCUCAAGUGUAACAGAGUAGGGCAUCUACAAGCUGGAGAAUGGCAUGUAAUUAGGGCAAAUUGGCUUACUGUGGCUGGUUUGGCUGAUGCUGUGGUCAUGAGGACAAUGGUUUUGUUUAAGGUGUGCUUUUUUGCAGAAGGCAGCAAUGAAGAAAUGGUAAAGUAGAACUAAAAAAAAAAAGUAAUCAAGCUAUAGAAGUUACUUAAUUUACUCCAGUUUGGUACUGUACUGUGAGGGUUGCUUUUGUGCGGCUGUAACAGUUUAAAUGUGACUUACUGUGGCUUGUAUAAAUUCAAGGGACUGUAUCAGUAUUAAAUCUUUCUUCUGUAUCAUGAUUUAUUUAGCUGGAAUGAGUCAUCUGGUUGUGUUUGAAGAGUUAUCUUCUGCCUGGUAGAGGGCAAGUACAAAGUUGGUUGUGUACAAAGGUGGUUUAUAAUUGUUGCUCUCUAAUCAGAAAUCAAAGCGAAUGUAAUUGCCAGGAGUCAAAGAUCAGAAUAAAAAUCUGCUACAGCACAUGCUUAAGGGACCCAAGCACUGCUCAAGACUAUAGAGAGCUUUCUCCAGAACUGGUUUGGGUCACCUGUGGCCAGCCUGAGAAAUGGCACUGUGACCUCAAUUGUUGCUUCCAGCUGUGUUUACAGAAUUUGAGGGUUGUAGAAGGGUGAGUUGUAGUUUAUACACCCAGUACUUGUGUGUAGGUUUUUGGGCAGCAUAGUGUCAGCAUUCUGUGGUGCUGUAUCCUUAACAUAAGAAACAAAUGCAUCUGAGGCAGCUUUCUGUCAUUUCUGUGCAUUCUACUGUACGCUUUCUUGCUUCGGUAUAAUUAUUUUUUUCAUUAUCUGUGAGUGCCAAACAUUCACAUAUUUCAACAGUGCGCCAUUUAAGAAGCAUAUGAGCACAAGAUCAGGUAAUCUUAUUUAAGUCUGUCAUGGGACAAUAGCACUGACAUUUCAAAGCUGUUGUUCUCUGAUCUAUAAUAAAAUAUUAGCUUCAAGUAAGGCAUUUGCUUCUUGUGCUGAUGGACUGGGUGCCAGAGGAGAAAGAAGGCACAAGACUGGAGAAUAGUUCAUGAAAUUCACAUUCAUUGCAUUUUCAGCUCUUCAGGUUCUGUAACCUUUACGGGAAACAACAAAAACCAAACACAGUGGAAACAAGCUGAGUGUUGGCAUGAGUUUGGUGCUGCAGUGGUGAAGAUAACUGAGGUAUUGACCAUACUGAGUCAAACUAGAAUUUCUGAAGCUGGUUUGUCUAAAGCUGUUAAUAGGCUCCUAGACAGGAAGGCCAGGCAUGUGGUGAUAGGGAAAGCUAGAUGAGUAGUCAGCUUCUUGGAGAUUAGUUUCUGACGUGGACUUUCUGAACUAGAGGAUGUGUUCCUACAUUUAGUGGCUGCUGAUGGUUUCUUCUUCCCUGGAUGCAUCUGGGCUUUUUCUGUGCGUUUAUGUAAACUUAAUGUACUCUGGCCUGGGAAUCAGUACAUGCUUCCUUGGCGUUGUUUUUGGUAUCUCCUUCUGUUUUGAGCCUUAGCACUUGUUAGUUAUCAUAUUAGAAGCAGCUAAAUGGCUGUCUCUUGUCGUUUUAGGAGUUUGAGCCUGUGUCAGUGACACUUGGAGCACCUUUAGCUGUCUUGUUGACAAUGCCUGCUUUCACAACGAAGGCAGCAAUUACAAGAGAAUAUUUGAUGCUGAGUCUAUGAGCGUUGUAUGCACUGAGCAUGUGACUGUUUCAGGCACAGUACAGUGGGUUUUUUUGUUUCUUCCUCUUUGUGCAAGUUUGAAAAAUGUCGAGAAGUCAGACCUGGCCUUUGUGGUUUGUAGAACGUUCCAAAGUGCUUUUCAAAGCCCGGAGCAGCAUUGGUUUCUUUUCUUGACAAACUUUGAGUAAUUUGCUAUCCACUACUGCAACUGUGAGAAUCUGUUUUAAGAUGAUAGUUUGACAGUGUCUGAAAUUUCAUAAUUAAUGAACAGAUCACUGUAUUGCUAGAGUAUGCAUUAGUCAUGUGUUAACACCAGGGGAAAAUAAGUUUGCUUCAUUGCUGAUUUAGUUAAGGAUACACUUUCCUGAGUGCUGUGUCCUCUUCUGAGGCCUACCAAGGUUUUGUCUUUGUCUAUGUAAUGAGCUGGGAGAGCAAAGGGCUUAGUAAUGUGAGCUCCAAGUAUAGACUGUAAUCCUUAAGUGAACUUGACGUAAUAUACAGAGCUGACCAAAAAUUUCUCCCCACCCAAAAAUGUUGAGUCCUAGUGGGCUGUUCCCUACUUCUGAAAAUGAACUACAUAAAAAAGAAAUUAACGUGUACCAGGGACUUGGUUUCUUAUGGAACCGGUGCAUUGUAAAGGAAUGCUCAGAAUUUUGUUUUGUUACUUUUCCGAGUUGAGUUCACAAAUUUGGCUGGUAGUUGAUUAAAAAAAAUCAUUAUGUUUUGCAAUGUAUUUCCUGUAGUUAUGUUUAACUGAAUACUGAAAAAAAACCCUGUUUCUUAGCAAGUGUACAAACUUCCAAACAGAUGCUUUUCAGAUUAGGUAAGGGCACAGUCAGUGCUUUUCCUCCUAUUCCAGCAGUUCCCAAAGGAUGGGACAUGAUCAGUUUUUGGAUCCUGGUUUUGUUUUUUUCCACUAUCAAAUGCCUCACACUGUGAUUCCAGAAGGUCACUUCUGAACUCAAGUGUUCAUUCUUCAUCCAAGUCCAGCCUCCUUGUACUUUAUCCAGAGUUCAUUCACACACGCACACACAUCCUGUGGAUAAAUUCUCCAAAGGCUGGGCAGCUUUAAAAAAAUAGGAAAGCCAUCUAUUGUGAGAUUUUCUUCUUUAUUUGUUAAGAACAGCCUGCGUGUCUGUUGUCUGAUUUCAUUUAAGGCCAUCAUUUGAUAUUAAAACAUGAAGAAAAACUUUUGAGUGACUGAUACAGAAAAUUGAAGUCAUUUGAGUAGAUGAAUCUGUCUGUAGAUUUGCCAGAGAAUAUAUUUUCAUUGAUCUUGGCUUGCCCUCCACCAGCUUGGUGCAUAGCAACUUCUCCCUGCCUCUGUUACUGAAGCAGUAAGUUCCUGACACCAAAGGGUCUUCGUAGACAUUUGUAGAGACCUUUCCAAAUAAGGCUUGGCUUUUCUCAGGCUGAAGGUUUUGUAACGGAUGUUGGAAGAUGUUAGCUGUGGAAACUGGGCUUGUGGAGGAGUGGUUAUCGGAGUUCAAGACGCUGCCAGAAGCAUCCAUAUCCAGCUAUGCUACAAACCUGAAAGACAAGAGUGCUCUGAUUUCAUCUCUUUACAGAGUAAUUCAGGAGCCACAAAGUGAACUUCUGGAGCCAGUCUGCCAUCAGCUCUUUGAGUUCUAUCGCAGCGGUGAGGAGCAAUUACUACGAUUCACACUGCAGUUUCUGCCUGAACUGAUGUGGUGCUACCUUGCUGUCUCAGCCAGCAGAGAUUUGCAGAGCAGUGGAUGUAUAGAAGCCCUUCUUCUAGGAGUGUAUAACUUGGAGAUAGUUGACAAAGAGGGACACAGCAAAGUGCUGAGUUUCACUAUUCCAUCUUUGUCCAAACCUUCAGUAUAUCAUGAACCUUCCAGCAUUGGCUCCAUGGCUCUUACUGAAGGAGCUUUAUCCCAGCAUGGUUUGUCCAGGGUGGUGUACAGUGGACCUCAUCCUCAGAGGGAGAUGCUGACAGCGCAGAACAGGUUUGAAGUGUUGACUUUCCUUCUGCUCUGCUACAAUGCUGCCUUAAGCUACAUGCCUGCAAUUUCUCUUCAGUCAUUGUGUCAAAUUUGCUCAAGAAUCUGUGUCUGCGGAUAUCCUCGCCAACAAGUGAGAAAGUAUAAGGGAGUAAACAGCAGGAUUCCAGUUUCAUCUGAAUUCAUGGUGCAAAUGCUAACAGGGAUUUAUUAUGCCUUUUAUAAUGGAGAAUGGGAUCUGGCUCGUAAAGCUAUGGAUGACAUUUUGUAUAGAGCACAGCUGGAACUGUAUCCAGAACCUCUGCUGGUUGCUAAUGCAAUAAAAGCUUCACUGCCUCAGGGUGCCAUGAAGUCUAGUAAAGAAGGUACAAAAUGCAUUCAGGUUGAAAUUACACCUACUUCAUCCAGGAUAUCAAGAAAUGCUGUGACUAGCAUGUCUAUCCGAGGGCACAGAUGGAAAAGACACGAACAAGCAGAGAAUGGAAAUACAGAUUUAGGAAUUGAAGAAGAACUGAUAGAAGUAUCUGAAACUGAUGAAGGGUUUUACUCUAGGGCUGCUUCUAGCACAAGUCAGUCUGCUUUAUCUAAUAGCAGCAACACGAGCAGUAAGAACCUUUUAGGGAAGAGCCAACGAAGAUCUGGAGGAAGCAAAGCUGCAGGAAGAGAAAAAGAAGGAGAAACCUGUAGAGAACACUUGUCACGAAAGCAAACUCAGAGAGCCCUGAGUGAGAACCUAGAGCUUGUCUCUUUGAAGAGACUGACUCUGACAACAAGCCAGUCCCUGCCUAAACCUGGUAGCCAUAGUUUGGCCAGAACUACCACGACUGUGUUUAGUAAAUCCUUUGAACAGGUCAGUGGUGUCACAGUUGUGAAUAAUCGUGGAGGUGUAUCUGGUACAGAGGCAAACAGGUUCUCAGCUUGCAGUCUCCAGGAGGAGAAACUUAUCUAUGGAACAGAAAGAACAGACCUCCCAGCAUUAAGCAAACAACCUAAUCAACAGCGACCUCCUAGUAUUAGCAUAACUUUGUCAACAGAUUGAUAUCAUUACAUUGGCAAAAUGAAAUAUGGGGUUUUAUGCAGAUAUUGGUACUGUACCUUAAGCUCCUAGUUUGUCCUGUGUUACUUUCUUAAAUCUCAAACCUGUAAAUUCUUAUUCUGCUCACGUUUGACAGUAGUGGUAAAUAGAGUUCUAAUUAUUCUGCGUCAGCUUCUGAUAGGUUGGAAAGUUCCUCUCUGACAUCCUGCGUUUAUCAACCAAUUGUUUAUGACUUCAUGCAGUUUGCAUCUUUACCAAAUUAACAAAUAUUGUUUGUUUAGCUACUGACCAAGAUGUCUGGCUUUUUACAGACGCACUAUAUGGGGACAGAGAGAUCCUCUAUCCCAGAUUCUACUAUUCACUACUACGUUGCAUACAUAAAACUGCAAGUAUCUCUUUUAAGAGGAGCCUUGCAGCAUGAGUAUAAUAUUUUGGAAUGGCACUGUAAGAAUACAAGUGCUCUUCUGUGAGUUAUGAGGAAGGUAUACUUACAUGUGAGGUUAAAACUAGAAGCAUCAGUUAGUGUUUGAUGUAAUGGUGGUUUUUGUCAGUAUACACUGCAGUGUUCAUGUUUCUGUACGCCUACAAGUAUCUGAGGUAAAGAUGCAUUUUGUUUUAUAUAUGAAUCUUUGAAACUGGGCCAAAUGUCACGUGGUAGCAGUACUUGUGGAUGGCAGUUCUUAUCACCGACUCUAAUAGUCACUUUUCAGACAAGUGUGACUGACUCUGUAUUCCUUUCAGUUUCUUAAAUGUUGGGCACAAAACUUCUCAUGGAAAAGUUGCUGUCACUGGUAUUUGCAUUAUUUAUGAGGAGGAAGAGAUGUGCUUAUGUAGAGGUAUUGUGUGGAAAAUAAGGUAUGAACCCUUUGCACUGAAUCAAACAAUUCAGGAGUGUAACUGCAUUUACCAUGAACUUGUUACUUGAGACUAAUAGUACCAAAGGAUGUGUACUUUCUGAAACUUGCAAGCACAAAGGGAAAUUACAAUGUAAAUAUAACUAGCAAUGUAAUUGCUAGUGUUUUGUAUCUAUUAUUUUUCUAGUUAGAAAUUGUCAAAGUGUAACAUGUUCUAAGUUACCUGACCUGUAUGGUGACCUUGUUUGAUACCAAUUUUUAUAAGCUUCAGGCUUUAAUUAAAAACAAACAUUAAAAUGGUUUACGUGGAAAUUUGGAGAAGCAAAAAAUCAGUGGCAGUGAUGAUCUGAUAGACAGCAAAUCCUGGUGCGUGGUGUGGAAUCGGGGUGAGGAUCUAAUGGCUGCUAAUUCCCAGCAGUCCUGAUUUCUGCAGCUAGUGAUCCUUUGUGUCAAGGACGUAGAAAGACCUCGGAACAGACCCGAGCACUAACGUGAAUGUUCUGGUAGACUUUCUGAUCUGCCUAGAGAUGAAUGUCGGUGUCCUUUUUUUAACUCAAACUGAAGCACAAGUAACAUUUAAGCAGCUAAUGUUAUUCAGGUUUGUAGGUGAUUAAUUAAGAGAUGAGAAGACGUAACUGAUAGGCGGUUAGUCGUAUGAUUCUACUUCUAAGACAGCAAACUAGUCGUGCACAUUUCAUGAUAUUCCUUCAACUUGUUGAAGUAGCUGCAGCAGUCCAAGGUGUUUGUCUUCAGCUGAGUCUGAGUGUAAAUGAAUGUACCAUGCUUUCUCAUGUUCUUCAGUUCGUUGAAUGACACUGUUUUGUUUUUGCAUUGUAGUAUUUCACCUUCUCACAGUGAAAUGUCUUUUGAAUUGUACAUGAAAAUUUACAUUCCUAUUGUACAAACUAUUGACUUGUUUAGUGUUUAAUACUUUGGCCAGUAAAAUAAACUGGUAGUUUUUGAAAUUA